AUGUUAGCUGGUGGAGCUAUAUCUUGGAGAAGUGCCAAGCAGACAUUAUCUGCUACUUCUACUAUGAAAGCUGAGUUCGUUUCUUGUUUUGAGACUACCUCGCAUGGUGUAUGGUUAAAGAGUUUCUUUUCUGGGCUCAGAGUUGUGGACUUUAUUUCUAGGCCAUUAAAGUUGUACUGUGACAACUCUGCUGCGGUGUUUAUGGCUAAGAACAAUAAAAGUGGAUGUCGAAGUAAGCACAUUGACAUCAAAUACUUAGCCAUUAGAGAACAUGUUAAGGAAAAGAAAGUGGUCAUUGAACACAUAAGCACUGAGUUGAUGAUUGUUGAUCCUUUAACUAAAGGCAUGCCACCAAAGAAUUUUAAGGAUCAUGUAGUGCAAAUGGAACUUGGUUCCGAAAAUAAUAGGUUGUGGUAUAACAUGCAAAGGGGAAAGGUUAAGCUAGAUGAGGAUCUACGUCCUGAUCGUGAGGAUGAUUUCCAAACAGAUGAUGAAGAAAAUCAGGCACAAAGGGUGUUUGAACAUUUGGAUGAUGAUACUGAUUCAGAUAAUUCACCUCCUUCACCAAGUUUGUCCAACGAUGUUUCCAUGAUCUCUUGGCCUCAAAGCUAUAGACAAUCUAUGGACAUGUUAACUAGUGCAACACCUCCUGGAAUUAAUUUGUUAAAGAGAUUUGGUUCAGUGGGGAGAGGAAAUUCUCCCAUUACAUCAUUCAAGAGAUCUCAAGAACACCAAGAGGAUUCUACCUUAUCUCUACCCCUUGUUUCUGAGACAUGUGGAUUCAAACAAGAGAAUCGUCUUGCAUCAGUACCACGCCUGCAACCACUUAGCAGUGCAAAAUUUUCUGUGGACGAAUUGCCACCGCCACAUGAACAAUGUUCAUAUACAAAAUCAGUAAUUAAUGGAACCAAUAUACUAUGUGGAAUAGGACUUCUUACCACUCCAUAUGCAAUAAAAGAAGGAGGGUUUCUGAGCCUUGCAAUACUUUUAAUGUUUUCUCUCAUGUGUUGUUAUACUGGGAUGCUACUAAUAAAAUGUUUAGAAAGCAAUGAUGGACUCAAAACCUACCCAGAUAUUGGCCAAGCUGCUUUUGGAAUUGUUGGUCGCUUGGGGAUUGCAAUAUUUCUAUACGUGGAACUUUUUGCUUCUUGUGUUGAGUAUAUAAUACUAGUCAGUGAUAACCUCUCCUCACUAUAUCCUAACACCCAGAUGAAAUUUGGUGGGAUUGAUUUGAAUUCUGAAGAAAUUUAUGCCAUCACAGCAGCAAUUAUUGUUCUACCAACAGUUUGGUUGCGAAAUCUAAGCUUACUUUCUUAUAUUUCAGUUGGAGGAAUAUUUGCAACAAUACUCGUUGCUCUUUGUUUGUUUUGGGUUGGGACAAUGGACCAAGUUGUUGGAUAUAAACCAGGAAAAAAAAUUCUAGACUUGGCAAACUUACCUGUCUCAGUUGGUCUCUAUAGUUUUUGCUUUGCUGGCCAUGCUGUUUUUCCUAACAUCUACUCUUCUAUGAAGGAACCAUCCAAAUUCCCAUCAGUGUUAUUUGUCUGCUUUGGCUUUUGCAGUUUCAUGUACAUGAGUGUGGGAAUAAUGGGCUACUUAACAUUUGGUGACUUAGUUUCAUCUCAGUUUACCUUAAACAUGCCUAAAGAAUUGUAUGCAUCUGAGAUUGCAACUUGGACAACGGUUGUGACUCCAUUGGCAAAAUAUGCCUUAACGUUAUUGCCGAUUGCAUUGAGCAUAGAGGAACUAGCCACCUCUCCUAGACUAAGAUGCCAUGCUAUGUCCGUUCUUGUCAGAACAAGUUUAGUGAUUUUAAGCUUACUUGUUGCUCUCUACAUUCCAUAUUUUGGUUCUUUGAUGGCACUAAUUGGUUCUUUCUUGUCAAUACUAGUUGCACUUAUUUAUCCAUGUGCAUGUUUCCUCAAGUUACAUAGAGGGAGAUUAUCAAAUUCGGAGAUAACAAUUUGUGGUAUUAUAAUUGUUGUGGGGCUAAUAUCCGCUUGUAUGGGAACAUUGUCAGCUGUUUCAAAAAUAAGUGGGGAAGGGGACUGA